AUGCCUACAUCAGAUACUCCUCGCAUCAUCAAGAAUAAAAAGUUUCGAGAAGAGGGUGGUCGUCGACGUAGAUCGAGUUUAGGACUGCGUGGAAAGCGUAUCUCAUCAUUGGAUAGCAGUAUUACAGGGCUACCACACGAGACAAUUGAACCCCAGCAAUAUUAUCGUUUACUAGAUGCAGAACAGUCUGACCCAAUUCGUAUGCGACAGCUGCUUGUAUGGUGCUCACAAAAAGCAAUGCAAACACUUCCCAAUCGAAUGUCAAGUAGCUGUGGAUCUGUAGAUUUAAUUGUUCGAGAAAUUCAAUUAGAAAUUAUUGCUGCGUUGCACUCUAGAGAAAUCAACGUUUCUUGGUAUCACCGUCCGACUGAUGGGAUUGAGACGGCUCAAGAAAAUGCAACAGUAAAAUCCAACUCGGGUAAAUUACCACAUCCUGCAAAUACGGAACAUGCUGCAAAUAUUAUUUUGUUCAAGAAGCAACGUGCUGCUUAUCAGUUGGAGGAAGAUCAGUGGAAAUCGGUGAUUGAACGACACAACAAGGAGCACGAAAUUCUAAAAGCUGCGGAAGCUCAAAAUGUCAUAAUCUCAUACGAUACAUCAGAAAUUGCAAACUACAUGCCACCUCGUUUUGAAUCUGUCAUGAAAAAUAGCCUUUCAACUGAACUUUCUGAUUUUUCCAAAGUAAUAACAAAUGACAUGCUUUUAAAUGUGCACCAUUUACAAGAUACAAUCCACCGCUACCAGAUUGCAAGCGAUGUCCUUGGCGAGUCGUGUGAGUCUACAUAUGCACGUAUGUUGCGUGCUUUUGAACUGCGAGAUGCUCAAGAAGCCAAGAAUAUAGAUCCGGUUGAUCUGCUCAAGCUAUUUUCUACCGCUUCAUCAGCAACAGUUUCAACUUCUUGA